AUGAAAUUAAGCAUCAUUACAUUCAUUCCAAACAACAAUAACAAUAUCAACAACACUUCAACCACUCAAGGUGAAGAUCCUGUGGUUUCGACUGGAAGUGGACACUUUUCAACAGCCACGCCUUUGAGAAGGAAACACUCCAAGAAAAAUCUGAAAAUGAUUUCCUAUCGAACUGAAAUCAAAUCCAUGCAUGCAUCGAACAAUCCAUUCGAUGGAUCGACCGACAUGUCCCACCAUUUCAAUCACUUGAAUUUCUCUUCUCCACAUGCUGCAACUACUGCAACUACAGUUUCGACAUCAAGGCCUUUUCCUCCUACUACUCAAAGAAGGAAACAAACCAAUCGUCGUAUUCCAUAUGAAGGAAAUCAAACCUCUAACGAAGUGCAAUGUGGAGAAGGUGAUGGCACACCAAGUUGCAGUCAUGGCGUCAGACGAGGAAUUCAAAAAAGACCGCAUCAACAUGCUCAUUCUAGAAAUACUCAUUACACGAUUGGAUCUCAGUGUCAUCCUUCCAUUCAUUUAGAAGGUAGUCGAAUGCGAGAAGAGAGCACUCCACACAUUCCAUUUGAAAACCAAAAUCGUCAUCUCCAUGUCUCGACGACUCUCUGUGUAUCUCCACAAAAUGAUGACCAUUCUUCAAACAUGGAAUCGAACAAGUCAUUCACGAGUUGUACUAGUAAUAAUCCAAGUAGUAAUUAUCCAAGUAGUUGUCUUUUCACUACUAUGAGUGGGAGCAGUUCUGUAACAACAGUAGUAGCAACAUCUCCUCCUUCACUAUCAUUUCAAUCGAAUGCCAUUCCUGAAAACACAUUUGCCAUACCCUGUAAGACUCAAAAUCACACAACAUCAAAGAAUUCACCCAUCCACAACAGGAAAAUCAUUCGAACUUCAAUAUCGAUUCAUGAAUUGCUGAAUACACCAUCACAUGAAUGUUGUUGA